UUAUUUUUCGUUAAAAAAAUCACGCAUAUUUCAGCAGUGCCGGAAGUGUAUUACUAUGCGACGAUUGUUAGUGACUGCUCAGAAUUUACAUGCAGAAACGUAGGGAGCGACGCGCGUGAGCUCCUCGUCGUCUGCACGCGUGCAAGUAAUUAUUUUAUAUAACAAAUAUAACGGCCACACUUCCCAGUCGGAGUGGUUGGCGCAUAGAUCGACAGGAGUAUCGCACUCGGUGCAUUCAUCAAUUACGUUGCACAACAGCGGUGGCAAAACAAGCCUUUGACUCAGCAUGCUGCUCAGCCGGCGCUCUCUCGAGCCAUCACUCACCACCGCUGCUCCGAUGAGGAAGUCCAAGGUAGUCAGAGAUGGCUUGCCACUGCUUAACACUGCCGUGGUUAAAGAGCACUGGAUAAAAUCUAACAAAAUUUUCAUGCUGGACUAUGAUGGAACGCUCAAUCCAGUCCAGAAGAUACCUCACAACGCACAGCCCGGUGAUCACCUCAUUGACCUGCUGACCAGGUUCAACAAGAAGGCCAAAGCCGUGAUAUGCACAGGAAGGCAGAAGGAGCAGGUUGAUGGGUGGUUUCCUGCCGAGAUUGAAGUCUUUGCCGAGCACGGGGCUUACCAUAGGAAGGAAGGCUUGUGGGAGAGGGAAGCAAAACCACUGGACUUGACAAACUGCAUCGCAGUCAUGGAGGAAUACAAGAAGGCAUCCCCUGACAUAGUUCUGGAAGUCAAGAGCACCGCUCUAGCAUUCCAUUACCACCGCGUCAAGAGCUUCGACCCAAGGGAGAUGGUCGAGAGACUCAGGCGCCAUGUGGGCGACGCAGUGAUCCAGGGCAACAUGAUAAUCGAUGUGCGCACCGUGAGCAAGGACGUGGCCUGUCUGAAGGUCAAUCCAGCAGUGUGUGCUGGUGACGAUGUGACUGAUGAAGACAUGUUUGAAGUGUGCAACGGUCUCUCCAUCCGUGUGGGCAGGGCGCCCUCAAAGGCGGAUUACUACGUCGACAGCGUGGCCGACAUCCGCAGCUUGCUGGAGGAGCUAAUCAAAAUAAGCUAAUCAGUAGUAUUAUUUAAGUAUAGACUUUUUUUUACCUGCCACGGCACUACACUAAUUGAAGGUGCUAGUAGUCAAAAGAGGUAGCUAGAGAAGUAUGGGGUUUCCACAAUAAACCAAAAAAGCAGCACGAAUGCCA